AUGGAGCCGCGGUCCCGUCUACCUCUCGCAGUCCUCACUCUACUCGCCCUCCUCUCUCUCCUCGCCUCUUCAGUCGCUGCCGCCGACGCCGCGACAGCUACUGCUAGUAGCAGCGGCGUGGCGGGCGUGGAUCUGAGCCGCGUGACCGCCACCGCCACUGCGACCAAUAGUAGCGUGGCGGGCGUGGAUCUGAGCCGCGUGGUGCUCCUGUCGCCGUGGGCGCCGCGCGCGUUCCUCUACAAGCAAUUUCUCAGCGACGCGGAGUGCGACCACAUCAUCGCACGCGCGACACCACGCCUCGAACGCUCGGGCGUGGUGAACAACGACGACGGCAGCAGCUUCGUGAGCGAGAUCCGCACGAGCUCAGGCGCGUUUCUCAACAAGGGCGAGGACGCUGUCAUGCGAACAGUGGAGCAGCGCAUCUCCGAGUGGACCUUCCUCCCACUCCAGAACCAGGAGGCACUGCAGGUGCUGCGCUACACCAAGGGCCAGAAGUACGAGCCACACGUGGACUAUUUCCACGACGCUGUGAACACGCAGAGGGGCGGCCACCGCUACGCCACCGUGCUCAUGUACCUCAAUAACGUGACGCUGGGCGGGGAGACUGUCUUUCCCAAAGUGAAGGAUGACUCACCUAAGGACGAGACUUGGUCCGACUGCGCCAAGGGCUUUCUGGCUGUGAAGCCACAGAAGGGAGACGCACUCCUCUUCUUCAACCUCCACCCUGACGGCAUGCCCGACCCCGCCAGCCUGCAUUAUGCCUGCCCCCCCAGUGAUCAUUUUCCCCCCAUCUGCCUCGUCCCACUCACCCCACCAGUGAAGCCAGAGAAGGGAGACGCACUCCUCUUCUUCAACCUUCACCCUGACGGCACACCAGACCCUGCCAGCCUGCACUAUGCCUGCCCCGUGCUGCACGGUGUCAAGUGGUCUGCGCCUAAGUGGAUCCACGUGGCAGACUUUGAUAAGCCGCUCGCCGCUGCUGAUGCUGGCACUGAUGACAAUGGUGCUGCUGCUGAUGGGGGUGACGGCUCGUGCACGGACAGCAAUGCAUAG